AACGAAAGAGGCAGCAACCCAAAAACAUUUAAAACAAACCAGAAAAACAUGAUAAUUAAGCUAGUAAUAAAAAAAUAUAAAAUUUAACUGAUUGUAUACACACAAUACAAUCAAACAACAACAUAAAUUAAAUUUAAUAAAAACAAAUGAAUGGAUAAUCAACGCUAGCAGCAGCCGCAGCAGUGAGUGAACUGAGCAGAGCAAUAGAAUUGUCAAGAAUUUAAUUCAGAAAAAAGAAAAACGAAAUCAUACACUAGUGCAUCCGGUUACAGUAAAGAAGUGUUUUUCCAUCGACUCAACAAGAAUUGUUUUAAAUUAAAAAUAUAAUGAAAAUUUUGGGAUUUUUAUUUAUAUCCCUGUCGGUGUUGGCGGCUCGGGCUGAAGAGGAUAUUGCUCCGGGUACAACAUUGGAAGAAUUACAAAAAUUACUGCCGGUGGACUUAAGUGAUGAGGUGCCUACGGUGGUGGUGGCCUUAAUGGUGCGUAAUAAGGCUCAUGUUUUGCCUUUGUUCUUAAGCUAUUUGGAGAGACAAGAUUAUCCCAAGGAACGCAUGUCCUUAUGGAUCCAUUCUGACUACAAUACCGACAACAGUAUAGAAAUCUUAACUGAAUGGUUGCAACAUGUGGAGCCUUUGUAUCACAAAGUUCAUAAAGUUUUAGAUUCCGAAACGCAACGUCAUCAAAAUGAAAGUUCUCCAUUCGAUUGGCCGCGUGCACGCUUCGAUCAUCUUAUCAGUCUUAAAGAACAGGCUAAGCGUGAAGCUAAACAAAACUGGGCCGACUACAUAUUUUAUCUAGAUGCUGAUGUUUUUCUUACCGAACCUCACACUCUUACUCAUUUGGUCCAGCUACGUUUGCCCAUUGUGGCUCCCAUGCUACUAUCCGAAGGCCUCUACUCCAAUUUCUGGUGUGGCAUGUCUCCGGACUACUACUAUCUGCGCACAGAUCUCUACCAAGAUAUCUACAAUGUCAAUCGUGAAGGCAUUUUCCAAGUGCCCAUGAUUCACAGUGCCGUUUUAAUAAAUCUUAACUACAAGGGUUCCCACUAUCUAACUUUCGAUCGUGAUCAGUUCCUUGAUCAGCAGAAAAACGACUUGGAUUAUAUGCAGACUUUGGGACCUCAGUGUCGUUUGUAUGAUGGCCCCGUAGAUGAUAUUAUUGUAUUUGCCAUUUCUGCCAACUGUUCAAAGAUUCCCUUGUUUAUUACGAAUGAGAUACCUUUUGGUUAUAUACUACAGCCUUUGGAUGCAAGUGAUAAUAUCGCCCAGGAUUAUAAGCAAUUGGUUAAUAUUAAAACGAAUAUUAUUCAUGAUUUGGGUGAUAUUAUUGAGGUCAAUGAGUAUUUGAAGAAAUUUGAAAGAGAGGAAAAGAAACACAAACUCUCCCUCGAUCACAUUUACAUGAUCAAUUUGGAACGCCGCCCCGAAAGACGUGAAAAAAUGGAAAAACUUUUCAAUGUUUUGGGUUUAGAUGUAGAAUAUUUCCCAGCAGUAGAUGGACAAAAAUUAAAUCAUGAUCUCCUGGAAGAAAUGGGUGUUAAGUUCUUGCCCGGCUAUGAGGAUCCCUAUCAUCAUCGUCCUAUGACUAUGGGUGAAAUAGGCUGUUUCUUGAGUCACUAUAAGAUAUGGGAAAAAAUGGUAGAAGAAAAACAGGAACAGGUAUUGAUCUUAGAAGAUGAUAUCAGAUUUGAGCCAUAUUUCAAGGAUAAGGCCGAGUCGGUGAUGGAGCAGAUACGUAAUGUUAUAGAAUAUGAUUUGGUUUACUUUGGCCGCAAACGCUUGAAGGAAGAAUCUGAACCUUGGGUGGCUAAUACGGAAAACUUGGUGCAUGCAGGCUAUUCUUAUUGGACUUUGGGUUAUGUUAUUUCCUUAAAGGGAGCUGAAAAGUUAUUGGCCGCCAAACCUUUGGAAAAUCUUAUACCCGUCGAUGAAUUCUUGCCGGUUAUGUUCAACAGACAUCCCAAUAAAACCUGGGCUAAUGCUUUUCCCAAACGUGAUCUUAUGGCUUUUAGUGCCAGUCCUUUGCUAUUAUUUCCCACUCACUAUACUGGAGAUUAUGGUUAUAUCUCAGAUACCGAGGAUUCGGUAGUAGUAAAAGGCGAUGGUGUUAUGGCAAAUACAGCUGCUGCUGGUGGCAGCCAAGAGGCUCAAUUGAAAAGUGAUCCUGAAAAGGCUUAUAUAAGAGAACCUAGAUUAGAGUCAAAACCCUUGGAAUUGAAAGAAGCUCAAUUCGAGGCAGCUGCUAAUGUUAAAACUCAUGAAGAAUUGUAGUUUUCUUAUGAAUUCUUUAAAUGAGAAGAGAGUUUUAUUAUUAUGUAUAAGCUGAAACCAAAAUUUGCAUUAUUCUCUCUCUCUUUAGUUAUUAAGUUUACUAAAACCAAUAGGAGUGGGGUUAUGACCUUUAACUCCUGCUCAUUUUAAAUGUGCCUUAGUAGUUUGUAGUUACUAAAAACAUUCUUAAAAAAAAGUUCUUAACUGUUUUUUUUUAUAUCUAUAUAUAAUUUUUACUUGUUUUAAAUAGUGUUCUGCCAUUUAUUUCAUUUAUGUAAUUUUAUACAUAUUAAGAAUCUCAUUAUUAAUCAUUUAAGUUUAAUUUGUCUUUUAACAACAAAUACAAAACAUGAACAAAAAUAUACUCAAGCAUUUAUUUUAUAAAAAAAUAA